CAGUCUACUCUUCUCCCUGCUCUCGUUUAUGUAGUUGAUGUUGUCAGGGGUACAGUCAACAGUAAACCCAUCUACAUGAAAUAUGGAUUAUCCCAUUGCAAGUUCAGUCCUUUCGGAUAUUUAACACGGUCAUAGAUAGUGUUGCCUUUUAUUGUAUCCAAAGGAAAACAACAUGUCUUCGGGUCUGAAGAAGGCAGGCUCACUCGCUUAGCUAACCUACUGUACUUGCAUGCUAGCUAAGCUAACGUUAUAUGGGUGAAAUGAAUGUUAGUAGCUAGCUACAUAGUUAGCCAUCUUUGCAUGUAUGAUGCUGUUGUCAGCUAUCGUUAGCUAACGCUAGCACACAGUGGCAGAACAGCCAGCAUAUGUACAUCUCCACGAAUAUCCUGCCAGACAUUUAGCUAGUCAUGGAUUAUAGCAAUCGACAUAUCCAUUCAGAAAUGGAUGAUGAAUCUCAGGAAAGCAUGGAUGCGUGUGGCGACUCAUCACCGUAUGUGCCCCCACACCUCCCUCCAAUGCCCGGCCGAGAGCGGCUUCAGAUUCAGAAGAGCAGUGUCUGCUCCCGGGCUUACUUCGUGGUGGUCAUGGUCUUCUUCCACGUUUACAUCAUAAACAUCAUUGGGCUGUUGUUCUACGUACACUACAAUAACAGUCCGGCGGAUAUUGUCAGCGCCGACGGGGACACAUCGGCAUCUAGCAGCGGGGUUGACAGCCGCCUGUCCCCGUCAGACCCACCUCAGCAAGACCCUGACCUGGAUGUCCGUCAGAGCUUCAGUCUACCGCGCAUCGAGGGGAUACGGGUGGGUCAUGUCCAGAGGGUGUCACUCAAGCCUGACAGCAUCCAGGAAAUGAAGACUCUCAGCCUCAAGCCUCUGCUCUUUGAUGGGUGUGAACAGCGAGCAGAGGAAGAUGCGGGCAUCAGGGUGGCACUCCCGGGCGAGCAGGGGCAGCCAGCUGGCACUCUGCUGGACGGCCUCGCCUGGCGACUCGUGCCCCAGCAGGUUGGGCAUCCUCAUGGUGGCGUAGCCGAUGUUCUGGCAGAGGGCCAUGCCCGCCGGGAUGGGCACACAGCGGGAGGAGCUCCGGGGCUCCCACUGCCCUUCACUGCUGACGGACAGGAUGGUAGCACCAGCUCUAACUUCAGCCACGGCCUCAUCCGCAGUCUCCAACCCAGCCCUAACUCUAGAGCCAGCUCCAACCCUGGUCCUGGUAACUGUACCAGCCUCUGGUCCACUCCCAGCUCCAGCCUCCAGCCUGACACUCCAGCCAGGCCCAGCUGGAAGCAGGAGGAGCAGGAGCACGAGGAGAGCAGGAGCACGAGGAGAGGUCCUCUUAGAGGUGGCGCAAGGAUGAGGUGCAGGAACGGGCAUCAUCCCGGGAGGAGGAAAGGAAAUCCACACAGGAGAGAGUUUCUGGAUGUUUGUGGUGAUGAGAUUCCUGGCUUCCUGUCUGAGGAGGAGUGUGGUGUGGUGGUGCAGCUGGCCCAGCUGAAGGGUCUGAUGGAGAGUCAGGCCACAGUGCCACCAGAAAACCAGGAGGAGGAACUGCAGCCACUGCUCUCCCUCAGCACCGAGGAGACCUUCAGCCUGCUAGACCUGGACCAAGACGGACUACUGCAGAGACAGGAAAUCUUGAGCCACUCUCGUUCACGGGACGGGACCUGGCUGAGCCCAGAGAACUUACGACAGAUACUCACCGGCCAGGAGGCCAGCCCAGCAGGUGUGUUAACUCUAGAGGAGUUCAGGCAUGUGUGUGACGGCAUGUCCCAGCAUCCCUUGCAGCAGCGAGGCGGAACAAGGCGGGGCCAACCGAAAAGGAAGAGCCGACACACCUGGCUGUAUCAGGGACCAGGAUCACACCACAUACUACACGCACUGAGGAACAGGGUGACCCAUCUAGCGCGUCUGCCCUCCCCAUUGGUUGAGCUGAGCGAGCCACUGCAGGUGAUUCGCUACGAGCAGGGAGGCUUCAGCCACGCCCACCACGACAGUAGCCCCUCCCAUCCAGAGACCACCUGCUCACACACACGUCUGGCCGGAAACACUUCAGCACACACUGAGAUCUCCUGCAGGUACAUCACUGUGUUCCUCUACCUGAACUCUGUGGAGGGAGGUGGAGAGACCACUUUCCCUGUGGCAGACAAUCGCACCUAUGAGGAGGAGGCAUUAGUGCAGGGUGGUGUGGAUCUGACAGACACACAGCAGAGCUGUAACAGAGGAAACCUCAGGGUGAAACCAACAGCUGGGACUGCUCUCCUCUGGUACAACCAUCUCUCUGAUGGCAAAGGUUGGAUGGGUGAGGUGGAUGAAUACUCCCUCCAUGGGGACUGCCCUGUGACCCGAGGGGUGAAGUGGGUAGCCAACAGCUGGGUAAACGUGGACCCGGACCACCAGCGCCAAGCCCGCUACCAGAGACUGGUGACCCACAGACAGGAGGGCGAGCCGGGCAGAGAGGAGCGGGAACCCCCCCCCCCUCACAGCAACCACCACCAGGACCUGUAGUACUGUAGAACACACUGUGGGGAGAUGCACACGUUCCUGUAAACACACGGGCAAAUCACAAUUUCCGCUUAGUCAUGUUGGGAAAAUUUGACUUAAAUGGCAGUUAGGAUUUGCCCCUCAGAAUAUCUGAAAAGACAAAGUACCUGUGUAAUUAAUUGAAUUCAAGACCCAGUUCUAAUUACACAUGCAGACAUUUUAGUUGCAUUGGUCUGUUUUUCAGUCAGUUAUGGUUCUGAGGUAUCCAUUCUAGUUUUAAAUGUAGUAUUCACAGCAAAUUGAGCCAAAUUAGAAUAUAAUCAGAUGACCCAUCUAUCUAUGUCUUCCUGACAGGCAGAUUUGAUGUGGGAUUGUAUCUGUAUAGUUCUGUCUGUUUCUUUCAUGAGUGAUGUGAUGUUCUGAAACUAUUUGUCAACAGAGUUGGGAUGAUGGGGGUGCUAGUGGGCUCGAGGAAGCCCAAUAACCAGCCAGGCCCCUGGACCUCAAGCAUUAUGUCUUUAGGGAACCAAGAGUCCGUGUGUAACCAGUGUGUCUGUGCUGCUAACAGCCUCACUUCCUCCACUGACCCUUUCCUCUUCCUGGGCGUGAACCAGUGGUCCACUGAUUCCAAACACGCCUGCUUGACGUACAAACCAGUUGCGCCACAGAAAAGGAUUGAAUUUAAUGGCCCCAUUUCAAGCUGUGGAUGAUUUUAUCCAGUACAAUUUGAAUCCUGUUUCUAUGUUACAGUUCUUGUCUGGUGGUUGUGUUAGGAUGAUGAAGAACCACUCUCAUUCUCAAACGAGCUGUCCUUUCAUACAACUCCUUGUUAAAGAUGGAACCCGCAUUAGGGGAAAGAGCACCACUGUCUGUCCCCAGCACCUUUUGUUAUUGUUUGAGUUUGGACAAAACGGAGGUGAGGUGCGUUGAGCAGUGUGGUUAAAGACACUAAAACCUGCAGCACAUACCCUGCUGUUAUAUCAAUGAUGUUUGAGUGGGAGAAAAACGGUGAGAUUUACAGUAACUUCUUUGUUGUUGUAAUAAUAGUUAUUUUUCAAAGUCUUCUUGAUUCAGGAUUCAGAUAAAUGUGUUUAUUUAUUUGUUGUAUUUGAUUAUUUAUUAUCUAUGUUAUUAUUAUUUAUUAACUUAAUAAGGUGAUUGAUGAAUGUAUCAUUAUUACUUGACUGGUUGAUGUUGCAUUGAGUCUAUUACAGUUGUUGUUCACUGUAUACAUACAAAAAGUCAUGGAAAACAAUACAAUUUGUAUGUUUUUUUCUGUAGCUACAGUGAAUGUGAAUUUUUAUCUAAGCCUGGCACCGAGGAGCAUUACAUGGGGUUCUCUCAUUUGGGAAAAAGUCAUUCCUACGUCCUCUUUCCUCUGUGACCGAUAAGAGGUUGAGUGUUUGGAGAGUGUGUCAAUUCGUUAAAAGGCAAAUGGAAGACGGUCCUUCUCGAUAGCCUCCUUUUGGCAAGGAAGCACCACUGAGGUAUAAUAAGAACUGGAGACGACUUCCAAGAUGUCUGACUGUUGUUUUCAAGGUCAUCUACUCAUGUUCGCAUACUCCGAUUCAUAGGCCUUUUAUCAAUUCGAUUUGCUCACCUCCUGCAUCCUCUCUUCUUCGUCCUCUUUCGCCUCCUUUUGAAAAAGGUCAAAGUUAAUUGAGGAGAGUAACCGUUGAUGGAAAUUGCUUGAAAUGAGACGGUCCUUUUAGCUAACCUUUUCCUAACCUUAACCUAAUUAUCAUAACCUGUUGCAUAAAUUCUCCUAACCUGCUACGAAAUGUCAAAUCUGACCUUAAUUUGACAAAAGCUUGAUCCUUUUUAGCUGUGACCCUGGAACCCUGGCCCCUUGGGAAGCACAAGCAAUGAUGUUUUAUAACUAACCCAAGAUAGACCACAGCCUGUCAUUUCCAAUGGGAGCAAAUGAAUCAUAGUGUGCAGAACUAGUCGUGCUCGUUCUAGCAUGUGUUUCCAUAUUUCCGUUAGGGAACGCCAACUCUGAAGUCGAGUGGGCAAUAACUCAAUUCGCCCCUUCACUCCUAAACAACACACUUUUUAGAAACUUUGACAACGGGUAAAGUCUACAAAAAAUGUGUCCAAUCUGUUCGUAACAUAUUCUGGUUUUGGGAACAGAAAACUGUAUUGAGAUCAAAUGUUUCAUCAAUGAGAAUUCCAUCUCACUCGAUCUUCUCCCACUGCCGGCCACUGGGCUUCGUAUCAUCACCAUAUUUGGUGAUGAGUGGAAAUACCACCUUCUUGUUCUUCUAUGAGAUUUAACUGCGGUUGGCAUCCAAUUUGUUGCAUUACCGCCACCUACUGGACUGGAGUAGAACUCCCUUAUACUUUACUUGAAAAAUAAAAAUGUACUAAAUAAAUACCCUAACAUCUAACACUAUACUCACUCAUUUCAAAAUUAUAUCAAAUAAAAUGAACAACCCUUUA